GAUUCUAAAGAGAUAGGAUUUCCGAUUUAGAUUCUUUUUCUCAGUUGAAACCAGAAAGGGAAGAGCUUCAUCUCAUUUUUUCAUGGUACUCGCUCAUUUCUAUCUCUGAAAGAUGAAGAAAAGUUUGAUAUAAAUGGCAGCCACUUGCUAUAACCUCAUCCAUGGCUUUGGUCACAACAAACUCCACAUACACAUUACUUACUCUAAACGCUGCAACGUGGAUUACAAAAGGAUACAUACAAGGCACUUGUUGCUACUUAAACCAAGAAACCCACACCAACAACACGUCUCUCGUUCUGGGUUUGGAGAGGAACAAUUUGAAGACUCUGUUUCAAGGAGAACCUUGAUUUGGAGGGCAAUCAAGUUGCCAAUUUACUCUGUUGCUUUGGUUCCUCUAACUGUAGGCAGUGCAGCAGCUUAUAUGCAGACGGGUACGUUCUCUGCUAGGACCUAUUUUGUGCUCUUGGCUUCUUCGGUUCUUGUUAUUACCUGGCUUAAUUUAAGCAAUGAUGUUUAUGAUUUUGAUACUGGUGCUGACAAGAACAAAAAGGAAUCUGUUGUAAAUCUAGUUGGCAGCCGGAAUGGAACCUUUGUUGCUGCCUACUUGUGCUUUGCUCUUGGCUUCAUUGGCCUCACUUGGGCUUCUGUUCAGGCACGAAAUAUGCCUUCAAUCGUGCUUCUUGCUUGCGCAAUUAUAUGUGGCUAUGUAUAUCAGUGUCCGCCAUUUCGCUUAAGCUACCGAGGACUGGGAGAGCCCCUGUGCUUUGCAGCAUUUGGUCCUUUUGCUACUACUGCUUUUUAUUUAUUACAAGGCAGUGCAAGUGCCAUGAGCCGUUUGCCCUUAACUGGGACAGUUAUCUCGGUGUCAAUUCUAGUUGGCCUCACAACUUCCAUGAUCUUGUUUUGUAGUCAUUUCCAUCAGAUAGAAGGGGACAUGGAAGUUGGAAAAAUGUCACCAUUGGUUAGACUAGGCACUGCAAAAGGCGCAGAGGUAGUGAAAGUGGCAGUCAUGGCACUCUAUGCUCUUUUGAUUGCUUUCGGUCUGUGCAAGGCGCUUCCCCUAGCCAGUAUUUUCCUUUGUGCCUUGACCUUACCAAUUGGAAACUUGGUAGUGAGAUUUGUGCAAGAAAAUCAUAAGGACAAAAGCAAGAUCUUCAUGGCAAAGUACUUUUGUGUGAGGUUACAUGCUUUGUUUGGAGCAGCUCUGGCUUGUGGGCUGGUAGCGGCUAGAGUGGUUUAACAACAGUUCUAUGCAUGCAAGAGACCAUAUCUCUGAAGAUGGAAGCUGUCUCAGUAUUUUAUACUGAUUCUUUGCAUUCUUCUUUUCAAGUGUUUUUCAUUUGCCUCCACUUCUUAUGGCCAAAUAAAUAGUGGAGAAAAUUUAUAUGUUGAGAUACCAAUCUAGUUAGGAGUCUCACUUAGGCUUUUUUGAUAGUUUAACAUUUUUUGGUGUUACAUACAAGGACACAUACCUUUCUUUGUUUUCAAAUCUGAUUGCUCCUUGUCCCUCAUGAUGUAAUUGCAUAGUUUGUAGUCCAAGUGAAUCUAUGCACGGUUGAUUCUUCUAUGUUACCUAAGAAACUCUAGAAUGGAAAUCCAAUUUACCACA